AUGAAUAGUAAUCUAAGAUCCCCUCACUUGGGUCGAAGCUUGAGAUAUUUGAGUAGUAGUAUUCAAAACACAGGAUUUAGAUUACACGCAGAUGACUUGCCAGCAGAGGCAAUAAUUUUCAGUAUGAUUCAACCAACUGGUAAAUUUCAUUUGGGCAAUUAUCUUGGAGCAACCAGAAUUUGGAAAGAUAUGUGUAGUUUAAAAAAAGCUGAUCAACAAUUGUUCUUUGGGGUGGCAGAUCUUCAUGCAAUUACAGUUCCAAAACCUAAUCCAAAAGAAUUCUAUCGUUAUAGAAGGGAAGCAAUUGCAAGUAUCCUAGCUAGUGGUAUUGAUCCAUCAAAAUCAUCUGUAUUCUACCAGUCUUCGCUACCAGAACAUUCACAGUUAUAUUGGUUAUUAUGCAAUUUUUCACCUUUAGGCUCAUUAAAUCGAAUGGCACAAUGGAAAUCAAAAGCUAAUAUUCAAGAAGUUUUAGAUGACCAAGAAAAAAUUGCUAAUGUAAACCUAGGCUUAUUUGCUUACCCUGUUCUACAGGCAGCAGAUAUUUUACUAUAUAAAGCUACACAUGUUCCUGUGGGUGAUGAUCAAUCCCCACAUUUAGAACUUACAAGAACAAUUGCUACAAGAUUUAAUAAGAUGUAUAAAACAAAAUAUUUUCCAAUACCAAAAACCUUGCUAGCUCCGACUCAAAAAAUUUUAAGUUUAACUAAUCCCGCCAAAAAAAUGUCAAAAAGUGAUCCAGAUCAAAUUGGUGUUCUUUAUUUAAACGACUCCCCUGAAUUAAUAUCAAAAAAGAUUAAACGAGCUAUUACAGAUUUCACAUCUGAUCAUAUGUACUAUGAUGAAGAGAAUAGGCCAGGUGUGUCUAACUUGAUAACAAUUAUUAGCGGUAUUCAAAGGAAGUCCAUACAGGAGGUUGAAAAGGAUAUUGAACAUUUUAAAAAUUUUAAGGAUUUCAAGAAUUAUGUAACAGAAAUAAUAAUAGAGGAAUUAAAGGAACCAAGAUUAGAAUUUGAAAAGUUAAUUAAUGAGCCACAAUAUUUGGAUUCUGUUAUUGAAGAAGGUAGGGUCAAAGCACAUGAAGUAGUAUCAAAGAACAUUUCUGAAAUAAUGGAAAUUAUGGGCUAUUCUUAG